ACUGCUGUUUCGAUACAUUCUAUCGUCCAGCCACAACAACACCGUGUCGCGUAAUUUUUCCCUCUUGUUUAUUAAAUUUUGCGCAGCGCAUCCAAUUGUAAAUACUCAGCUCUUGCCGAAAGAUACGGAAACGCAAGAGGCGGAGGCGCGCAGCAACGGCAGCACGAACGGGUCAUCGAUCGCGCGGACAGUGAAGUGCUACCAACUAGGCGAAGCAGCCAACUCAAGUACAAAAGCCUCGCACACCGCCAGCCACUCAAUAAGUGCAAGUUUGCAAGGUUCUCGCCAGACUUACGGUCGCCACCCUCGAAAAAGCACUCGUACUAGGACGCAGGAGUGGAGGCGAGAGACACACGUACGCGGAUACCCUGCACCAGACACCCUACAACAUGGCUGCCAGCAACUUGCGACAGAUCCCGCUCACCUGCAGCGGGCAUACGCGGCCCGUGGUCCACCUGGACUUCAGCGACAUCUGCGACAGCGGCUACUUUCUCAUCUCGGCCUGCAAAGAUGGCAGCCCGAUGCUGCGGCACGGCGACACCGGCGACUGGGUGGGCACCUUCGAGGGCCACAAGGGCGCCGUGUGGAACGCCACCCUCAACCGGAACGCCACGCUGGCCGCCUCGGGAGCGGCCGACUUCACCGGCAAGGUGUGGAAUGCGGUGAGCGGGGCCGAGAUCCACAGCUUCCAGCACAAGCACAUCGUCAAGAGCGUGGCCUUCGACAUGGAUUCCGAGAACAUUGUGACUGGCAGCAACGAGAAGCUGGUGCGGGUCUUCAAUCUGGAGCAGCCCGAGGCGCAGCCGGAGGAGUACGCUGGCCACACGGGGGCCAUCAAGCGGGCGCUCUUCUGCCGCGGCGACAAGUGCAUCAUCUCGGCGGCCGAGGACAAGACGGUGCGCCUGUGGGACCGCAUGACGGGCAUCGAGGUGCAGCGCCUGCAGUUCAACAGCAACCCCAACAGCCUGGAGAUCUCCAGCGACAAUCACAUACUGACCAUAUCGCACGGCUCCUCGAUUAGCUUCUGGGAGAUCGACACGCUUAAGAAGCUGAAGGAGGUGAAAGUGCCGACGAACGUGGCGUCGGCCAGUUUGCAUCCGGAUAAGCAUGUCUUUGUCUGCGGCGGCGAGGACUUCAAGAUGUACAAAUUCGACUAUAUCACAGGCAACGAAAUCGAAUCCUUCAAGGGCCACUUCGGGCCCGUGCACAGCGUGAAAUUCAGCCCCGAUGGGGAGCUCUACGCCAGCGGCUCCGAGGACGGCACUCUGCGGCUGUGGCAGACCACCGUGGGCAAGACCUACGGCUUGUGGAAGUGCACCGAGCCCACGGACCUGGGCAACUCCAUCAGCUCGCCGCGCGAGGUGCAGGCGAACUGAUGUUGGCGCAGCAGGAGUCGCUGCUACACGGCCCACGCUGCACCGGCGACGCAGCGCAAGGGCACUUGAUUCGGAGCUACGGCUGAGAUCUGUCCGAUUAUCAAAAGAACAACUCGUACUGUGGGCUACAAUAACGAUUCUUCAUAUUCCAACGCUGAACUCUCUCAUUGGCAUUAAAUGAUAAUCACACACAAACUACAUUGUGAAAUGCAAUAGAAAUAAAUAACUUAAGUGUCGCAUUUGUGACGUGAA